AUGGGCUGUGGUGCUGCUAAACCUUUAAAAAACCAAAGUAAAUAGGGUUCUCCUUGUAGUCAACCAAAGGAAACUCGACAUUCUUCUGUUUAUUUGAUGUAAGAAACUGAAAAAAUUGAAGCAGAUUAUAUUUUUCAUGCAUUAGACCCCAUCAUAAGUAAGCUAUUUAUAAAAUAACUAAAAUAGCUCGAAGAAACUAUAUAAAAAAAGCAGUUUCUAAGAGCAACAACGCAACUCGAAUCGUAAAAAUUUUUAACUGUUUAAAUCUUGGCUCCGAGGAUAAGUACGAGUUAGAAAGUGUAGUGAAUCAUUUAUUAAGAAUGGUAGAUCUUAUCAUAUAUAUUAUAGAAACAUCUAAACUUGAUCACCACAUUAUCCUACUAUUAUAAUGACAACAAAUUACUUUUAGUGAGUGAAUUUUGUGAAGGAGGCAAUCUAUUAUCUCGUUUGGAUCAUUUUAGCUCUCUUUAACAAUACAAUAUGAUCGAUGUGUUCUGUUAGAUUAUGGCUGGAGUGUUAUAUUUGCACAAUUAAGGAAUUGCACAUGGGUAUGUUAGGUUGUGAAAUUUUAGUAACAUUCAGCUGGAAAGCAUAGUAUUUAAGGAGAAAUCCAUGGAAAAUGUGAAACUACUAGACUUUGGAAUUCCAAAUUCUGUGAAAUCAAAAUGUUUAUAAUGGAGACCCAAUGGAGGUAUUCAAGAGAUAUCCUUCAAAUCCCCUGAAGCCCUAAGAACAUCGGGUCUUGCCACCGCUAAAUCAGAUAUCUGGUCAUGUGGCUGUCUCUUGUAUUUCUUUUUGACUUCUCACAUGCCAUUUUAAGCAAGAGAUGUCUAAACCUUAAAAACGGCAAUAUAAAGAGGGAUAGUUAAUUUUGAAGGCUCUGAAUGGUCACAUAUCAGUCCAGAAAUGAAACAAUUAGUUAGCAAAAUGCUUAGUUCCAAUCCAUAAGCUCGUCCUACAGCAGCGGAAGUUAUCAAUAACCCAAUUUUUGUGAACAGGGGAAGAAUAUUAACUAAACCUAAUAAGCAACUCUCAAAAAAUAUGAAGGAUUUUAAGGUAUUUUGAUUGCUUAUUUAUUUAGCAAUAAUCCUAAAUGCAAAAUGCCAUGCUAAAUUAUAUAGCAGAAAACAUGUUGUAAGAACAAGAUAAGAAGAAAUUAAUGGAAGAAUUCCAAAAAUUCGAUUUGAACAAAGAUGGCUUACUUACAAAGGAUGAGCUUCUAAAAGUCUACACUACCAUGUAUACAUCUGAAUAAGCUAAUUAAGAGGUUGACGCCAUCUUCUCAAAAAUAGAUUAAAAUGGAAGUGGUAAGAUUGACUACCAAGGUAUGAAAUUUAGUAUAUUAUUAUUAGAGUUCGUAUUAGCAACUAUAGAUCAAAAAAAAUAUUUCAAUCGAGAAAAAUUGCUCCUGCUGUUUCAAUAAAUUGACAGAGAUCAUAGUGGAUAACUUAGUAAAUUAGAAGUUAAGAAACUAUUGAGAGACAUGCAAGUGCCUAAAGAAAAACUAGAUCAACUCUCAAAACAAUUAGAUUAGGAUGGAGAUGGACAGAUAACUCAAGAAGAGUUCCUAUAAAUUAUGUUAUCCAUUGCAUGA